CCUGAGCUGUCAGCAGCUCCAGUACAAACUUGGAGAGAGCUGGAAACAGUGGAGAGCUGGAAGGGGAAAAGCUGGGGAGAGAACCUCAAUCACUUGGUCAGCAAGAGGCCGAAAAUUAAAACAGGAUCCAGUGAGGAGAGAGGGAGAGAUCUCCUGAGAGUGAAUGAGCUGCUGAAGACUGAGGACAAUCAAGGGCUCAUUGUCUCUGGACCUUGGAGUGAAAGAGCGAGUUUGUGUGAUGCUCAGAAGCUCUCCCUGACACUGUCCAAAACUCAGACUCAUGACUGGACAAACCAUCCAAAGUUGAAGACUUUGACUUGAUCCCUUUGACCUGUAGCCUUUGACCUGUUCCUCCAAGACCAUCAGUUGUCUUCAAGCUGAGGAAGACAUUUUUGGGCCAGCAAAAAAUUUUGUGCUCCCUACAACAAUCUUUAAUCCAGGGGUAGUUUACUGAUUGGUCAAUAAGGAAGUCAAACAAUGCCCAUAUUUUUGUCCACACUACCCCUUGAUUGGUUGGAGAAAGGACCAUCAUUGAUCAGCCUGAGGAUUCUUAUGUUUCUCCUCCUGCCCAAUUGCUCGGUUCAAAAACUCCACCCCCUUGACGUUGAAGGGACCAGUUUUGGCCUAGGAUCCUCAGAAUUUGGGCGAACCAACUGCAAGCCCAUCCCCCAAACCAUGGCUCUGUGCCACGGGGUUGGGUACAGUGAGAUGAGGCUGCCCAACCUCCUGGGACAUGAGACCAUGAAGGAGGUCCUGCAGCAAGCUGGCUCCUGGGUUCCUCUGCUCAAUAAGCAGUGUCACUCCGACACCAGGAAAUUCCUCUGCUCCCUCUUCGCUCCUGUGUGCCUCAGCGAAUUGUACGAGUCAAUCCAGCCUUGCCGGUCCCUGUGCCAGGCAGUCAGGGAUAGCUGUACCCCUGUGAUGUCUGCCUUUGGCUUCCCUUGGCCAGACAUGCUGGAUUGUAACCGUUUCCCAGUGGACAAUGACCUUUGCAUCCCGUCUGCCACCUCAGAGGAGGAGAGAGUCCAACAGGAAGAAUCAAAGAUCUGUGAUGCCUGCAAACCUGAAGGAGAAACUGAGAGCGACAUUCUCGAACAUUUCUGCAAAAAUGAUUUUGUGCUGAAGAUGAAAGUAAAAGAAAUCUUGUACCUGGAUGGAGAUGCCAAGAUCAUUCCGGACGGCCGGGGCAGGGUUCUGUAUGGGUUGGAGGGUUGGGCUGCGAGUGGCGAGGUGGAGAUGGAGCUGUGGCUGGCUGGAGGUUCCCACUGUACUUGUGAUGAGCUGAGGGACCUGACCUCCUCCUACCUGCUGAUGGGGAGGAAGCAGGGUGAAGGGAGGCUGCUCAUCACCAGCGUGAGGCACUGGCGAGGAGGCAAACGGGACCUCCGGAGGAUGAGUCGAAGUUUCAAGAGAGCUCGCUGCCAUAAGCUGGCAGCUAUGGGGGCUGAUCAAUAAA